GAGCCGAGCACUUGAGGGGCAUCGACUUCAGGAAUGAUGAAACCUCGCACUGCGCUCAUUGUUGCACUGGCUGCUGCAGCGCUGAUUGGCUCAGCAUGGUUCUUAAACAGAGACCGAGUGAAGGAGGAGGAACCAAAGAAGGCGGAGUCAGAUCCGAAACUCGUACGUGACGCAAAAGACGAAGACGCGUUUGCCAAUGCUGGGCUUUUUAAAAGACUUGGGACAGGUAACAUGGACCCAGUAGAACCCGAAUUACUGGCUCACCUCCGAAAGAGAUGGAUCUUCGCACCUUCCGAUCUUCCUUAUAACUUAGUCAGACCCAGCGUGAAGUCGUGGGCUCAGAUUGGCCAGUCACAAUUGGUGGACAAAAUUCUGAAAGAACGCCGAAACGGUUUCUAUGUAGAAUCGGGCGCCUUUGACGGAGAGGACCAUUCCAACUCUCUCUUCUUCGAGAAAUCACGAGACUGGAAGGGUCUUCUGAUAGAGCCGGAUCCUUGGACCUUUGAAGCACUUAUUCAGAAAAACAGGAAAGCGUACGUUGUCAACACCUGCAUUGCAAUAGGAAAAAGUCCCGAAAGAACCGAAUUUACCUUCGCUAGCGAACUCGGCGGAAUCGCCAAAAAAUCCGCGGCCGUGCCGAAAGCCGAAGCAGGGUCCGUCCGAGGCACAGGUCGCAUACAGUGCUUCCCCAUUCUCUCUCUCUUAGCCGCCGUCGGCCAAACCCACGUAGACUAUUUCUCCUUAGACGUGGAAGGCGCCGAGAUAGAAAUCCUCAAGUCCUUCCCCUGGACUCAGGUCACGGUGGACGUGUGGACGAUAGAGUACGCGGUUCACGGUGGGGGUGCUGGGACCGCGGAACGCGAGAAGGAAAUCAGGGAAAUUUUUAAGAAAACGGACUUGUACAAGGAAGGGACCAUUCUAGGCGGACAGGAUAUUGUGUUUGUGAGAAAAGACGUGCCUCAGUAGCACGGAUGAUAUUGAUUGAGGGGGAGGGGGGGGGGGGGCAGGAUGUGGCUAGACCCGUAGGCUACAGACCGUGUCUUUCAAAAUGGCUGCCAACAACACAUGGAAUAUGUGUGGCUUGAUGUUUGACUGGACUUAAUAAGGAAAUGCGGAAAUAUGAAAGUUUAAGUCCGCUCUAGACAGUACUAUUUGAUUUUCAAUGCCUCUCCGGAGAUUCGGUUUGUGAACACAUUGGAAACAACCUGUUUGCUGUGCCUAUUCCCCAGAACUUUCGAUAAAUUUAUCCCAAAACAAAAAUGGACUGAUUCAGACGAAAACAGACUCAAAAUAGACAGAACUCGGGUAGCCAGCGGAGAGGUCAAAGUAGGGCUACCAGUGGUCAAGGAGGUCAAGCUGACUUCAAGCCACGUGGGUCAGAGGGACUCUUGGUCAGGAAGGUCAAAUCGAUAGAUUGGCCGAUCAAAUCGAAUAUCGAUUGGCCUCGUUGUCAGACGGAAAAUGAACCGGGGAUAGGAGUAGUUACAGUGCCUUGUAAUCGGCUUUUUUUAAAAUAAAGACGAAGACGAGGCAAAUCAGAGGAGGGGUUUUGCCUGAAUUCCAAAAUGACGUAACAACCUUCGGGUGAUUUCGCACGCGAUAAAUCAGAUUCCGGGAGCAGCCGAGGAUUGCUUGGAGCACUGUUUAUACAAAAGUGAUUCUUAAUUCUGUCUUUCAGGGAUGUGUAAAACUAUAUUGCCUAGGGACAUACUUAAGAUAAAUAUCAUUUAUUCGUUGUUUAACGCGUGCGUGUGUGCGUUUAUGUA